UAUAAGGUAGUGGUUAUCAGCUAAAUUUGACGCAACGAUGCGAUUGCAAAAUUAUUUUACCGUGUAGAACCAUGUAACUUGUUUGCAACAUUCCCUUUGAGAAAACCACAAUCACUGCGACACAUGUACUGGUCCGCAUCUGGAAGGCCCUUUCUUAUAACCGACUUGACAGAAGGAUGGAUUCGCCCAUGAAAAUUACUUCAAAGAGUCACAGUGAAUUACGGACAGUAAUAACGCUUUUACUGCUUGGGGCAACUUCAAUAAAGCGCUUUGGCGCACUUUGUGAGAAAAGUGAGCGGGCUGUUUGCCCUCUACCAACGCCAUGUUACAGGUGGGCAAAUUUGAACGGAGGCAGUUGUGAUUUUGGAACGGAAAUCCAGCUGGACAACACAGCCACAGGCAUUGACAUCUGCCCCAAUUGGUUCCGCGGCUAUAGAUACUUUCCGUAUCAAUUUGAUUUGGUGGAAAAUUAUCCGAAUUUUGAUGAGAAAAUUCUUGAUGUGAUAGCUUUAUCACGUUGCACCAGGCGACCUUUCGGUGCUGCGCCCGAAAGUCAAGAUGCCGUGGCCGUCCUGAAGAGCCCCAACAUCGGUGUGACAUCAUGUACUGUGUGGCGCGUGACAUUUUGGUAUCGAUUGUCCGAUUAUCCGGUUUUUGAUUCUGUUAAUCCACAAAACCAGUUUCAUCUCCAAGUAUUUGUUGAGGAUUAUGGGCACACAUUUCCCAUUGAGCUGAUCUGGGGCAGAGAAGAAGACUACGAUGGAGUUCUUCCUAACGUUUGGAAAUCUGUCGAAGCAGUCUUUCACCGUGACCAAAGCGAACCGUACGUAUUAUACUGGUUCGCGUACCACAAUGAUAACUGUGAAGUCAGUCUUAAAGAGAUCGCUGUGGACAGUAUCAGGAUCCAAUACGCCACAACGGCUACGCCCGCGUCCGGCAUCUGUCCAACAACCACCGAAGCUUCCCCUGAAACGACUCCACCAUCAACACCGACACCAGUCGUACCCGACACAACACCUCCCACAACUCCCUUCAUAACCACUGCAGAGCCGUCUCCGACCACCUCAGUAUCGUCAUCUCCGACAGAUAUUGCAGACACUGCCACAACGUCCGGCACAACCACAGUGUAUCCUGAACAACAUUCGAGCACCCCCUCCACUGACACCACAAUAUCCACAUCGACGCCACUCGUUGAAACCGACACCACUACAUCGGAGACAACGCCCAGUACUGCAACGGGCACUUCAGAUACUGGUUUAACAACAACAAGUACAACGACUGUCCCUGUCAAACCAGGCACGGAAGCACAUGAACCAAAUGAAACUACGUCUGUAUCAGAAGAAACCAUAUCCAUCCCAGAGGAAACCACACCUGGACCAGAGGAGACCACUCCUAUACCGGAAGACACAACACCCUCGCUAACGGAAAUCACUCAAGAGCCAAGCUCCACCACGCCCAAACCGACUGAAACUGUGCCUACACCAUCGGAGGAAACUACAUCGGAGGAAACUAUAUCUGAGUCAGAUGAAAGCACACCUACAUCGGCCAUUGAGUCAACUACGCCGAUGACAGCCGAUACGACCACAACGAAAGAAACCACGACAGAUGGUGUUAGUGGAACGAGUCUCGAUUCAACUGAAACCAGUGUGACCUUAGAUACAACGUUAGAGGAGACAACUUCCAACUCUACAGCCAUUUCAUACGAUUACUCUUCAUCGACGGAUUCUGCUGUUACCGCUUGCCCAAUUCAAAAUUCUCCCUGUGUGGAUUGGAUGCCGCUUGGUUCGAGUACCGUAAAUAAAUUAAACUGCGGUUUCGGGAUUCGGCAGCAGAGGCCUGACGAGCUGAAUAUCGUGAUGUGCCGCAGUUGGAACAGGACGAUUCCCUGGUUGAACUUCGUAUUUGAUAUUGUCACAUCGCCCACAGAGACUAAAAAUUUUGCUGUCUCACGGUGCUCCCGAAGAAGUGGCGUAUCUGUAGUAAGGCCAGAAGCCGUUGCAGCAAUUAUCACACCGCCUGUACAAGUCAGCGAAAGUGUGAUGUAUAACAUCAGCUUCCGCUACAUGCUUUCCGCACCGCCUGAUUUCGACAGCAAGUAUUUUUUCGACGUAAGAAUUGGCAGGCCAAACGAAGCAGCGAUUCCAUCAGAAAGCAGCAUCAUCUGGGGGAAGCCAACAGAUUAUCCGACAGACUUCGCAAAUUUGACCAAUCAGUUUCUCUAUAACUCGACCACUUACACAGUCGGAGCAAACGGGUCCUUCAAUGUUCAUUUUAUUGCACACCACAAUGACGGCUGCCGGAUAAACCGAGCGACAAUUUCCAUCGAUGACAUUGUAACCAAGCAAGCGAAAGAAAAGGCGUGCCCAACCACCCCGCCGCCUACAACACCCUGGACCACAACACCGUCCCCAAAAUUAUGUGCCGACCUAAUGUGCGCGUCCUGGAUUGCGUUGCCACAAUCGGAGAGUUCAAAAUUGGUAUGUAGUUUUGGUCCGUACCAGGGAGUUUGGUAUUGCCGAAACUGGGAUCCAAAGUUCACUUGGCUUCGUCACCGCUUUGAUGUGGCCCAACGAGCGUCCAAAAAUAUGCAAGCAGUGUCCCAGUGCUCGGUGGGGACUUCUUCUGCCCGUGUUGUGGGGAAAGCUGUGUUGCGCACUCCAGUUGUUACCGUCGCUGCAUGUGUGCAUUAUAACCUCACAUUCAUUAUACAGUUCUCACACGCGCCGGUCAUUAGCGACAACGAAUUAGAGAGCUAUUUUUUGGAUGUCCGUAUCGGGAACGGCAGUGAAUCUCGAAUUCCGGAUCGCGUAAUCUGGGGCAGCACAGCGGAUUACGCAAAAGACAAUAUUAACAUGGGAAAUUACACCUACACUGUUACGACCGCGUUUGCCAUUGCGGAGAACGAUAGUUUCACUAUCAACUUUGUCGCACAUCACAGCAACCAGUGUACGACCAGAGGUCAAUCUAUUGCAAUCGACGAUAUCGUAACGCGGAAAGGUGCUGAGACGGACAUUUGCGAGACUACAACCACGGCUGGACCGAGAGACACGACGUCCGUUGAUGGGUCGGGUAAAAGGGACGACAACAGUGAAAGCGACAGGAGAUUUGAUAACGGGUCCGGAGGGCGUUGAAGCGACCGAAAGUGCUAAAAUAUCUCUGCAAAAGGAAACCACGGUUUUAGAUAAGGAAGAAACUUAAAGACCAUCGUUGUUAGCCCUCCUCGGCUGUUAGACUGCUAGUACCUGUUAGUACCUCAGCGUUCUGCUUGUGUUUAUGGUUAUACGUGUGACGACUCAUAUAUUAUCCGGAACAGCAGGUACCGGCAUUGUGCGUACUCGUAGUGACUGCGUCCGACGAGUAUCAUAGCUAUUACCUGCUAGGUUGUUUGCCGCUUAGUAAAGAUUGUACGAGUAAUUAAGACUGAUCAUCGUCAUAAUGUCGUUCAUAUUGGGUACACAUUGACA